UGUAGAGGUUUAGGGUGGUCCAGAACGCGCGGGCACUUAUUGGCACACCUCACACACAGCCAAACCACCAACCUAUAGCCUAAACUACAACAUGCGCAUUAGUCAAGGCAAUCUGGAAUAGCCUACACAUCGGUGCGGUGGCGGCGGGUUUUGCGAAGGCUGCGGCAUCAUUCUCUAAUCUGUUCUACCCUGUGUCUUGGAGUUUCAUGUUCUUCUGCCUUGCAACUUUGACUUAUUUUAUCUCGAUCUCAUCCUUGUAAAACACGGACUGAUUCUGAUUAUUCUACACGUGGGAGCAGUUACUGUCGUUUUGCUAUUCAGACGCAUGAGGGAAGAAGACGGGACAGCUGCCGUUCGAUAAUGUUUAGUCCAAAAAUAUCAGAUUUUUGUGACGACAUGUUUUGAACCGUUACAUUGCUUUUCUAUUGUUUUUCACGGACACCUUUUAUUUACCCACUAUGCAUUUAUGUGGAUCUGAACAGACUGUAUCAUCUAUCUAAAUGAAUGAAUUCAGCCAUGCAAUGUUCCUGGAAGGCUGUGAUUCUGCUAGCCUUAGCGUCCAUAGCGAUCCAGUACACAGCCAUCAGGACGUUCACAGCCAAGCCAUUCCAGAUGUGUCCAGUGACAAUCUCCAACCCUCUGAACUGUGGCAUGCUGGGGCAGGAUGUGGUGGACUUGUCUUUUGACAAGCGGAUCUGUGACGACUUUCUUUACUUCUCCUCCAAUGUCUCCAGGAAGACCCAUGUUCUCAUCCUGGCCACGACCCGCAGCGGCAGCUCCUUCGUGGGUCAGCUGUUCAACCAGCACCAGGAUGUGUUUUAUCUGUUUGAGCCGCUCUACCACGUCCAGACCACCCUGCUCCCCCGCCUGUCCCGCAGCAGGACGGCAGGCGACACCAGGGUGAUGCUGGGGGCUAGCAGGGACCUGCUCCGGAGCCUCUACGACUGUGACCUUUACUUCCUGGAGAGCUACAUCAAACCCCAGCCGGCCAAUCACAGUACAGACAAGCUGUUCCGGAGGGGAGCCAGCAAGGCUCUGUGCUCCCUGCCUGUCUGCGACGCCUUCAGUCCUGGAGAGUUGAACAUUGAUGAAGGAGAGUGCGUCAAGAGGUGUGGGGUUCUCAACAUGACGCUGGCGUCGGACGCUUGCCGGGAGCGGCGCCAUGUGGCCAUCAAGACCGUACGGAUACCGGAGGUGAGUGACCUCAGGGCUCUGGUGGAGGACCCUAGGCUCAACCUCAAGGUGAUCCAGCUGGUUAGGGACCCCCGAGGGAUCCUGGCCUCACGUAUUGAGACCUUCAGGGACACCUACCGCCUCUGGAGGAUCUGGAGGGCCACUGGGAGGAGGCCCUACAACCUGGACCUCACCCAGCUUACCAUGGUCUGUGAGGACUUCCUGGGAUCUGUAACCACUGGGCUCAGCAAACCCCCCUGGCUCAAAGGGAGGUAUAUGCUGGUCAGGUAUGAGGACCUGGCCAGGAACCCUCUCCAGAAGACCAAGAAGAUCUAUGAUUACCUGGGUCUGGUCAUGGACAAGAAUGUAGGAGACUGGAUCCAGAACAACACUAGGGGAAGCAAUGAUCUGUCAGCCAAGCAUAAAUACGGCACUGUUCGGGACUCAGCGGCCAACGCAGAAAGCUGGAGGCUCAAAUUGUCUUAUGACAUGGUUGAUUACACACAGACUGUGUGUCAGCAAGUUCUACAGGAGCUGGGUUAUAAGACUGUCAGUUCGCCCGAGGAGCUGAAAAAUCUGUCUCUCACUCUCAUCGAGGACAAAACUUUUGUACCUUUUUUGUAGAAAAGCAAGGGCCAAUCACAACGCACAAAUAUUUUUGUUAUAUUUACAUUGUUGCCUUCAUUUCCUCUCAGAUUUGCACUAAACCUCAGAAACCUUGACGACUCCUGUGGUAAGAUUUAAGACCUUCAGAACAGCACAAGAAAAAUAAUUUGGGAAUGCUGUUUUAGAAAUUUCAGUAUCAAUGUUUUAUCGAUAUUGAAGGGACACUAAUGUCAGGUUAAUUGACAUGAACAACCUACAGUGAAGCACCAUCUUACUUAAGAUCCCUGAAUGCUGACAGUUGCAUUGACAAAAGUGAAUGUUAAUAUUUGUACAUCAAGAAAACUAGACCUAUUGUACAAUAUUGUUAGGGAAUGUACCUAAUCAUACCUUAACUGAUAAAUGCUGAGGUGUAGGCCCAUGAUAAAACCAUGCAAGAUACAUUUGAAUGUUGUAGUCAAUUGAAAUGGUGUUGUUUAAAUGUUACCGAGGGUAACAAUUAAGGGGUGGCGCUUUAAUCGUGUUGAAAUAGCUUAAGUGAGGGUUGUCAAAUCCAACCUCACCAAAGGGUAAUGAGUGCCGGACAACAGUGAUUUUACAGAGGCGUCAUCCCAAAUGGCACCCUAUUCCCUAUCUAGUGCACUACUUUUGAUCAGGGCCCAUAGGAUUUUGGUCAAAAGUAGUACACUGUGUAGGGAAUAGGGUGCCAUUGCAGACGCAAGCAUAGUUUACCCUGAUCAUCCAAGUGUCAGCGAGGUGUUGGAAAUGUUUAGUUCGACAUCCCGGCCAACUACUGACGAUGUGGAGCAGGCAGGCAAUCGGAGACAGCUGCAGUGGCUGAUUAGUCUUAUACAGGUAAGCUAGCUCUGGUCUUCACAACAUUAUCAGGGUAGUGGAGUUUUCAAUCUCUGGAAGGAAUAGAAUUGAACUGAAUACAGUAUUUUAUGUUCCAUUUGUCAACAGAAACUGACCAUUAUGCUGUCACAAUAAGUGAGGAAGGCCUUUGUUAUUAUCUAUCUAUUUAUUUAUUUAUUUAGAGUUAUUACUUUACAAACAUGUACUAAAAUAACUUACAUGAAACAUUGACAGGCUGGGAAAUGGCCUUACCCAACCCCCUUGGACUCCUCUGAAAUAUUGAGGUUGAGUUCUUUACUCCUCAAAGACACUGUUUUAAAACAUAUUUUCCUUUAUUAUUUUCCCUAAACCCUACUGUCCCUCCCCUUAUUGGAGUAAAUUAAUGCACAACAACACUUAGCCUUCUACUUCUCGCUUAUACAUCCUAUAUACAUCUUACAGACACAGUAUAUUACAAUAGUUAUCUAUUGUUUGUUUUUUUGUCCCAUCCUUCAACAACCCUCAACCCCUCCCAUCUAUCUCUGAAGACCAUCCAGUUUUGGUUUCUAUUUGCCAACUGUGCUGUUUCACAAAAGUUCUGAACCUAUAUACACUAACUUCCAAAAGUUUGGGGUCACUUAGAAAUGUCCUUGUUUUUGAAAGAAAAUCAUAUUUUCUUGUCCAUUAAAAUAACAUCAUAUUGAUCAGAAAUACAGUGUAGACAUUGUUAAUGUUGUAAAUGACUAUUGUAGCUGGAAACGGCUGAUUUUUAAAGGAAUAUCUACAUAGGCGAACAGAGGCCCACUAUCAGCACCAUCCCUCCUGUGUUCCAAUGGCACGUUGUGUUAGCUAAUCCAAGUUUAUAAUUUCAAAAGACUAAUUGAUCAUUAGAAAACCCUUUUGCAAUUAUGUUCGCACAGCUGAAAACUGUUGUGCUGAUUGAUUAAAGAAGCAAUACAACUGUCCAUCUUAAGACUAGUUGAGUAUCUGGAGCAUCAGCAUUUGUGCCUUGAAGGCCAGCAUCCUGGAGUUGCCUCUUCACUGUUGACGUUCAGACUGGUGUUUUGCGAGUACUAUUUAAUGAAGCUGCCAGUUGAGGACUUGUGAGGUGUCUGUUUCUCAAACUAGACACUCUAAUGUACUUGUCCUCUUGCUCAGUUGUGGACCGGGGCCUCUCACUGCUCCUUCUAUUCAAAAACAAGGAGUGAUGGUUGGUGUGAUGGUUGUUGAUAAUGGGCCUCUGUACGCCUAUGUAGAUAUUCCAUUCAAAAUCAGCCAUUUCCAGCUAACAUAGCCAUUUACCACAUUAACAAUGUCUACACUGUAUGUCUGAUCAAUUCGAUGUUAUUUAUAUGGACAAAACAUGUGCUUUUCUUUCAAAAACAAGGACAUUUCUAAGUGACCCCAAACUUUUGAACGGUAGCGUACAUUUUACGGACACAGUAUAUUUUACAUGAGUUAUCUUGUUGUUAUUAGUCCCACCCUUCAGCUCCACUCAACCCCUCCCAUCUAUCUCUUAACCCCACCCCGUUUUCAUUUCCUAGUCCCACCCUUCAGCUCCACUCAACCCCUCCCAUCUAUCUCUUAACCCCACCCCGUUUUCAUUUCCUAGUCCCACCCUUCAGCUCCACUCAACCCCUCCCAUCUAUCUCUUAACCCCACCCCGUUUUCAUUUCCUAGUCCCACCCUUCAGCUCCACUCAACCCCUCCCAUCUAUCUCUUAACCCCACCCCGUUUUCAUUUCCUAGUCCCACCCUUCAGCUCCACUCAACCCCUCCCAUCUAUCUCUUAACCCCACCCCGUUUUCAUUUCCAGCUGCCAUAUACAUGCAUAUCCCACUGAGCUGUGAUGUUUCACAAAAGUUCUGAACUUUUCUAUUCUCAUGUUUCUACAGAUUGUAAAUUAAAGCUACAUUUUUUUGCCAAGAGUAUUAUUAUAUUAUUGAUCGAUUGACUAUGACUUUUUAAAUCACCCAGCAGUGCUCUUUGCAGAUUUAGCUCCAUGUAAAUGUUGCAAUUCUUCAGCCAUUCCUGAACCUGCAACCAAAGCUCCAUAUGGACAGUACCAAAACAAAUGAUCUAAUGAUUCUGUCUCUUCACAGCAAAAUCUGCAGAGCUGGGAUGGUUGUAACCCCCAUAUAUAUAACAUUCUGUUGGUUGCAAUAAUUUUGUAUAAUCAUUUAAAUGAAAAAGUUUUGAAUCCAGCGUCAUUUUGUGUAUCAGUUCAUAAACCAUGUGCCAUGGAAUCGGUACAUAGAAAAUCUCUUCCCAACUAUUUUGCAAUCUACACGGCACAGCUGUCAUUUGUGGUAUGCGUUUUUUAUUCAUCACAAUUAUCUAUAACCAAUUUUGGUCUUUAAUGCAGGGCCGACAGACAAGUCCUUUAUGUUCUCCCCCUUCCAUUUUUGUGGUAAUGCUAGAAUUAGUUAGUUGUCAUUUUGAAUAGGGCAGACAAUCCCAUUUAUUUUUGUUAACUGCAUGUGUGACAUAACUCCACCAGUCCUAUUUAUGAUAUAAUUUACAAAGAUUAUACAAUUUUUAUUUUAUUAUCAAUUAGUAUAUUUUGGUUUACCCAUAAUAUUUGUUGUUGUAAUAUUUGUUCUGUCUUUUCUGGUGGAUUAAAGUGAAAUUGCAACCAACUUUCUUUGGUUUGUUUUAAAAAUAGCAAUAUUUUUGAGUUGAUUUCAUAAAAAAAAUGAAAGUGAGCGGUUGUAA